AUGAAGCACCUCGCAGCUUACCUCCUCCUCGGCCUUGGCGGCAACGCCUCCCCCUCCGCUGCCGACGUCAAGAAGGUCCUCUCGUGCGUCGGUAUCGAGGCCGAUGACGAGCGCCUGAACAAGCUCAUCUCUGAGCUCGAGGGCAAGGACAUCAACGAGCUCAUCGCCGCUGGUACCGAGAAGCUGGCCUCCGUCCCCUCUGGCGGUGCCGGUGGUGCCCCCGCCGCUGGCGGUGCUGCCGCUGGUGGCGCUGCUGCCGACGCCCCUGCCGAGGAGAAGGAGGAGGAGAAGGAGGAGUCCGACGAGGAUAUGGGUUUCGGUCUGUUCGACUAA